AGGACAACGCUGAGAGAGCGUUCCCCAUAGUGAGACACCGAAACGAAUGUUUGAAAGAGAACUCCCUCUGACCGAAAUAAAAGGGAUUAAUUAAUGACAUAAAAAAGUCUGAAGUUGUCUCGCCAACUCAGUGGGCUGAGAGAGCUGAGCAGAAGGCCAGAGAGAGAAUUCAGCCCCUUCUGGAUGAAGCCCAGCAAAUUGGUGAGUCCAGGAACAACAGAAUGAACUCUCCACUGAGGAGUCGAGUGCCUGAACAGGCUGCAGAGAGGGCAGAAGAAAGUGCUGAGCAGCUGAGUGAAGAGCUGCUGGACGAUUUGUGGCGGGUGGCGUGGACAGUUAGGACAGACAGACAGCUGCAGGACAUGGGCCAGGACAGGCUGCAGGCCCCAACCCUGGAGAGUAUGCUGCUUCGUAUGGAGGAGAUACAGCGGGAUCAGGAGGAAGUGAGGAGGCGGUUUGCUUCUAUCACCUAUUCAGACCCUCUUUACUUGAAACAACCAGGACCAGCAGGAUCCCAGUCCCAUGCCCCCAGCUCCAGGCCAGCCUCUCCUCAGCCAAUUAGGCUCACAAAUCCAGUGCUGAAGCAGACCUCUGCAGCGGAUAUUGUCCUUGAAAAACCUGUCGAGACUGGCUUCCUGUGUGAGAACAGCCUGACAGAGGAGGCAUCCCAAGAUGAGCAGCAUCCUGCAAACAACACCAUGUUCCCUGGCCCUCUGGAGGGAAGCAAGGCGCCUGUUAUCUCAGUGCCAGGCAGCAUGCUGAGAGGCAUUCGGCAGUACCGGGAAGACUAUGAGGCUUACCUGCGCGCUGUGGCUCAUGAGGCUGUGGGCAGCUUCGACCCCUGGGCCGUUGCAGACGGGUAGAAAACUGAUUGUUUUAAUAAUGACUUAAGCUAAUGAGACAUGUGCAUAAACAUGAUCAGGGAAUUUUGUUUGCACUGGCUGAUUGCCACCAGUGUUUGAAGUAUGCAUUGCAGUUAUGAUCUGUCUCAGUCAUCGGGAUAGUCUAAAGUGCUUGAGUUUAAGACAACUGCAGUUGUAUUUUUCGAUUUUUAAAGACGUUUCACCUUUCAUCCGAGAGGCUUUUUCAGUUAUAAAAGCUGAUAGGGAGUCUCAGGAAUUUACCUCUUAGUGGGGUUGUCCCACUGAAGGUGAGAGUCACUGAUCCACCUUGUCAUUAUGUGAGUGAUUAGAGUCACGUGAGCCAAGGUGUCAAUUCGCUGCUCCAC